UGUUUCGCGAUCGCGCCAGCACAUUUGUCGAAUCUGGCAGAGGUGCUUCACUCCUCCCUUCUUGGAACCAAACACAGUUUGUCCUUGAUAUCCUGCUUCGGAGCCCACUCCGCCGUGCGACUUCCGAGAGUGGUAGGCUACUGCCACGCGUGACUAGACGGCUCUUGUUACGGACUACUUCAACGAUUCAGCGUAUUUGGCCCCCUAUCUAUAUCUCUAUCCCGUCAGUCAAAUAAAUAACCGCGUCUCCGGAUCAAGUAUCCUGUUCUUCUACGAGGCCACACGCGGCCGAACCUGAGCCAUCACCGCGCAUGCGCAUGGCGUACACUCCCUACAGAUGUCCUUCCUGUGCGAUACAAUACUACCUGGUGGUACUAGACUGCAUCUAGGGGGAGAGGCCGAGAAAUAUGGUCCAAAAGCACUGAGGAAGAGCCAGAGCCAUGGAGGUCUUCUUGCACCGCUUGUACAGCUGGUCAGGGAUCCAGUUCGGACGAUAGGGAGUGCUGUUGGCAGUCUUAGUGACGUGCCGGAGAGUACUGUUGCUUCCGAAGCAGAGCUAGAUCACAAGCAGGUCUUGUAUCUACGCAUGAGAAAUGCCGAGUCUUAUGAAGAAUGGAAAUCCGCGGCUACAGAACUAGACACAUUGGAAGGAAACGAUGUGUGGAAAUUGGAAGACGAUUCUCCCGAGUACGAUGCGCCCCUUGUUGCAGCCCGUCUCAAGCAACUUGACGAUGCUCGAUUGAGUUGUGAUGUCAAGAAAAUGCUCUUUCUGAUACGGACGGCCUUGACACGAGGGCUGGGCGGCAUGGGUGAUUUGCGACUGUACAAGCACUCCCAUGUCGGCACAAAAGCCUUGAUCGAGAGGUAUAUCGACUCCGCACAAAAUACCAUGACGGCACUGCUGGACGUGUCUGCGAAGCAAGGCGACAAGUGUCCUGUUGAGCCUAGAGCUCUAUUGGAGUCCCUCCUGGCUGCUCGCCAGUCUUUUGGCCGAAGCGCAUUAUUGUUGUCAGGGGGCGGAACCUUUGGCAUGAACCACAUUGGCGUUGUCAAGAGUUUGUGGAAAGCCCGUCUCCUACCACGUAUCAUAUCCGGUGCUUCCGCAGGAAGCAUUGUCUGCGCGGUUCUUUGUACAAAAACAGACGCGGAGAUCCCGAUUGUGCUAGAAGACUUUUGUUACGGUGACCUGGCCGUCUUUGAGAAGGAGGGUGAAGAAGAUGGCUUGAUGAAAAAGGCCGCUAGGUUCCUGAAAUACGGCGCACUCUUUGACAUCUCUCAUCUCGUGAGCGUCAUGAGGAGUCUUCUUGGGGACAUUACUUUCCAGGAAUCCUACAAUCGGACACGACGCAUACUGAAUAUUACGGUGUCAAGCGCAAGUCUCUACGAGUUACCCAGACUUCUCAAUUAUGUUACUGCCCCCAAUGUCAUGAUCUGGUCCGCGGUAUGCGCAUCUUGUUCUGUGCCAUUCGUCUUUUCCGCUGCUUCCCUAUCGGCCAAGGACCCCAAGACUGGGAAAGAGGUCCCAUGGAACCCAACACCCAAUGCUGGUUGGAUCGAUGGAUCUGUUGACAAUGACCUCCCCAUGACUCGCCUGGCAGAGAUGUUUAAUGUCAAUCAUUUCAUCGUCUCCCAAGUAAACCCUCACGUGGUUCCUUUCUUGGCUAAGGAAGAAGAAGUCAUUGGGAACGAGGCACGGCAGGCCAACACGGCUUUUUCAGCUGGCCCAACCUGGAUUCAUAACAUGGCCAACCUAGCGAAAGGGGAGGCACUACAUCGAUUGCAAGUACUUGCUGAGCUGGGCAUCUUCCCGAACUACCUCACGAAGGCGAGAUCGGUGCUCAACCAGCGGUAUUCGGGUGAUAUUACCAUUUUUCCGGCGAUAUCCUACGCUCAUUUCCCGAAAGUACUAAGUAAUCCUACGACAGACUACAUGCUGCAAUGCAUGCUUACCGGAGAAAGAGCUACAUGGUCGAAGCUGUCGAGGGUACAGAACCAUGUCGCAAUCGAGCUUUCUCUAGACGAGACCAUUCGACAGUUUCGAGCGAGGAUUGUGUUCAGCCCAAGUCAAGUCGACCUUCGCAUGAACACCUUCAAUCGGCCUUUAUCCCAAGGAGACGAAAUAUUCUGUAGACGUCGUUCAAGCAGGCCACCGCACAAAAUCACCCGCUUUGAUCGCGACACCGCUCCUUCUACUUCCCGCCGACCUACGUCCUCUCGCCGUAAUAAUCAUCCUCUCAUCAAAAUUCCUCCUCAACCAGCUCAGGUAGCAAGGCCAUACCUCCCUUCCCUCCCCCUAAGGAAAUUCGCCAACUCCCUUGAGAACAGCCAACCUGGGAGUUCGACCCCUGACGCCUUUUCAUCCUCCACAAACUUCGAUGAUUCAUCUUCAAACCUAGAACUCUCGCAAGAUACCGAUGCAUCCGAUUUCUUUUCCUCGUCGCUGUCUCCUCCAAAUUCACCGUCAUCUCAACUGCCAACCCUUUGGCCAUCGACACGCCAACUCUUCCCUUCCGUAUCCCAACCCAGUACUCCUUCUAUCUCAACCUCAGUGUUUGGCCACCGAAAUAGCUCACUAUUGAACCUUACCAUGACAUCAGAUCUCAGUGCCGAAAACCCCAGCCCGCCCGAGAUACAAUACAAACAUCUCUUUCAUCCUUCCUCCUCUACCUAUCCUGAAAAUCCGCCUGUGGGCCAUGACAUUCGGAAUGAAAUUGAAAACACAAUUCAACCCUGUGCUGAAAUCCACCCGACAUUACACAAAAUCGAGACUUUCCCAGAAACGCAACAUCGUCCACCGACUCCACUAGCUAAAACAGACCCACUCCCAGAAAGUCUAGUCGGAGCGCUUGAAGCACCACCAAAUCUCUCGUCGGCAUUUAGCCCAUUAUUGACAAGAGAUGACGGCAAGGCCGCGAAAACGGGAUCAAGAAAACUGACCAAGCAGGAGAAGAAGGAAAUUAAGGAAGCAGAACGAGAUAGGAGAAGCAGCCGACGGGGCAGCGCACAGGGUGCAGGAUUGGGUCUGUUGCUUGAUAUAUCUGGGACUAGGGGGAUGAUGAGGAGAAAGAAGAGCUCAAAGAGUGGGAAUGUUGCCGCGAACUAGUCUGUACACAUGGUAUCCUUUCAUUUCAUUCUCGUUUGUCUAGUUUGAAUUUCAACCUACAUUUGAACGUGCAUAUUGAGGAUGCAUAAAGAGCAUUGGGAGGUGCAUGGCGCGAUGAGAGAAUAUCACAUGGAGUGGAGUUUAUUGGUCAUGGCUGCGAGGACGCGGAUGGUACGUGGGGAGAAGUAGUGAGAUACUCUUAGGCGAGUGGUUCAUUGCGCCUCUAAAG